CGUUCAGAGAGAAGACAGCGGAGAAGCCUGAGAGACGACGACACAAUCACAAUGAUUUCAACACAGAGAGUGCGUGAUCUGAGGAUUGUUCUUCUGGGUAAAAGUGGAUCAGGAAAAAGUGCCACAGGAAACACCAUCCUGGGCAGAGACGCAUUUGAAGUUGUAGAUUUUAUAAACUCAGCCAAUAAAUUGUGUGAGAAACACGAAGGAAAAGUGGAUGGAAAGACCAUCUCUAUAAUUGACACUCCAGGACUAUUUAAUACAGCUGUGACAAAACAGCAACUGAAGAAUGAAAUACAAAAGUGUAUAUUCAUGUCUGCUCCAGGUCCUCAUGUGUUUUUGCUGGUGCUAAAGCUGGGUGUGAGAUUCACAGAAGAGGAGAGAGACGCAGUCAAAUGUAUUAAGGAGAACUUUGGAAAAGAAGCUUUGUGUCGUACUAUCAUUCUGUUCACUCACGCUGAUCAGCUAAAGGGAAAGCCUGUGGACGAGUACAUCAAUAAAAGCAGCAAUUUAAUGGAAAUCGUUGACAGCUGUGGAGGCAGAUAUCACUCAUUCAACAAUGAGGACAGAAAGAGUCAAGAGCAGGUCGCAGAACUGAUGAAAAAGAUUGAUGCAGUGAUGGAAGAAAAUGAAAUGAAUCAUUACACUCUUGAGAUGUUUAAUACAACUCAGAAAAAGAAAGAGAUAAAAAUGGCAAAGGCUGCAUGUGGCAUUGCAGUGCUGGGAAUUGGAUUUCUAGGGUCAGUGAAAAUAGCAGGCAUGAUAGCAACAGCAAUUUCAGGAGGAGCAGUUGUAGAAAAAACUGCAUUAAGUGCGUUGGCAGCCACAGGAGAAGCUGUAGAUAAAGUUGUAGCUGGUAUAGAAAAAGGAUUAACAACUGCAAGUGAAGCAGUUACAAAAAAAGCAGUAGCAGCUGUAGAAAAAGCAGUAGAAAGUGCAGGAGAAGCAGCUGCAAGAAAAGCAGUAGCAUCUUUAGAAAAAGCAGUAGAAACUGCAGGAGAAGCAGCUGCAGCUAAAGCAGUGUCAUCUAUAGAAGCAGCAGCCGGAGAAGCAGUGCAGACAUCUGGAGCAGGAGCAGGAGUCGCAGGUACGGCUCUGGUAUCAGCGAUGUGCGCAGGAGCAGCGAGAGCGGUAGCAGCUGCAGGGAAAGUGGCCACAUCUGGAAGAGUAUCUGUAGUGGCUGCAGUGGCAGCAGCAUUUGGAGGUGCAGCUGUUAUAUUAAUAUCAGCACUCAAAAAAUAA